UAAAUUUGCCAGCGAAAUAUAUGGCAACGUUAUAAAAUUUGGGAAAGAGGUUUCUAGGGUUAGGGUUAAGAAGAAUCUCUCUCUCACAUUUUCAGCAGCUUCCGAUUCCGAUUGCAGAUGGCACCUCCAGAGAAUGAUGGCCGAGGGAAAAAAAAGUUGGAAGAGGAGAGUAGUAAUGGAGUAGUUGGGUCAAAUGUCGCUGAUUCUGAUUCUGAUUCUGAUCACGAUUAUGGUAUGUAUGUCGACGGUCGCAGUAUGUCCCGGAAACUUCGGGAGGAAUAUAAUCGGCAGGUGGAUGAGAGCGAGGGGUUUGAUAUCAAUUUGGGUUUGCCAUUGGAGGUUAGUGUGGUAGCUCCAAUUAAUCCACAAUGGGGUUUCGAGAACAUCCCAAGAUAUACCGAGCUGUCUCACAUGGCCAUUGAUGAUUUCAAUUCACAGAAUAAUAAACGGUACGAAUUUGUCAAAAAUUUGACUGUGAACACAUCACUUGCUGCUGGGUUUUGGUGUCGUAUCACCUUUCAAGCCAGGGAUGCUGAUGCUGCUGCUUCUGAUGCUGUAAAGACCUUUCAAACAUUGGCAUGGUGGGGAAUUGAUGGAGACAAAGAAAUUAUAUUUUGCAGGCUUAAGAAACAAUCCAGUGGUGAAGGAACACUCCUUGGAGCAAUGGUGAAGCUGCCUCUGUGUGACCUGUACGUCACGGGUUCGAGCGUGGAAGCAGCCACUAAUGCUUGCAUUAGGGUGGUGAGCGGCCUCCUGAUUCCAAUGUCGAUGUGAAAGCUACUCAGUGAACUAGUCAUCUCUUUAAACUCUUAUCUACUAUCUUAAUUAUUAUUGAGAAUGUAGUGUCAUUUAGUUGUGUUAUUACUAAGACAUGAAAACAUAUUGUUGUGAUUUGUCAUCUACGCUCCUAGUUAUGUCUUUAAGAAUGUAGGGUUAUCUGUGUUUUAUUACUAAGACAAGGAAAAAUGUGCUCCGAUGUUAUGAUUCUGGUUAUGUUUGAGGAGGAAGCUUUUAUUAGAGUAACUUGGUGUUGAGAAA